AUGAAAAUUUCAGAGAAGUUGCUCCAGGCCCAUGCAUGUGCCAAUCCUCCUCCGGCCACAUUCUCCUUCGAGUUUUUCGUUCCAAAGACUUCCCAGGGUGUCCAGAACUUAUACGACAGAAUGGACAAGAUGUACGAUUUGAAUCCGAUCUUCAUCGAUAUCACCUGGAACGCCGGUGGAAGGUCAUCCUCUUUGACUAAUGAGAUGGUCUAUACUGCCCAGUCAGCUUUGGGCUUGGAGACAUGUAUGCACUUGACGUGUACCAACAUGCCAGUUUCGUUGAUCGAUGAAGCGUUAGAGAAGGCUUACAGAUCUGGCUGCCAAAACAUUUUGGCUUUGAGAGGUGAUCCACCAUUAGACGGCUCUGAAUCUACUGGAGAUUUCAAGUACGCCAAGGACUUGAUUGCAUACAUUCACAAGAAGUAUGGCAAUCAUUUCAACAUUGGUAUCGCUGCUUACCCCGAGGGUCAUCCAGAGGAGGAAAAUGGAGAUAACUUGAUGAAGUAUUUGAAGGAAAAAGCAGAUGCUGGUGCGGAUUUCAUCAUUACGCAAAUGUUCUAUGAUGUAGACAACUUCAUUCGUUGGUGUGAACAGGUUCGCAAGGCAGGAAUUGACAUUCCUAUCAUUCCUGGAAUCAUGCCUAUCUCUACGUAUUCUGCGUUCAUCAGAAGAGCCAAGUGGUCACAGGUGGUCGUUCCUCAGCAUUUCUUGGAUACGUUGGACCCCAUCAAGGAAGAUGACUAUGCUGUCAGAGAAGCAGGCACUGAACUUGUUAGUGAAAUGUGCCAGAAGCUCAUUGACUCUGGUUACGUCAACCACUUGCACUUCUACACCAUGAACUUGGAGAGAUCUACGGUGAUGGUGUUGGAGAAGUUGAAGUUGGUUGACUCCGUCGCAGAUAACGAUGUGGUAGCUGAAGUGUUGCCAUGGAGAAAGUCUUUGCACCCAAUGAGAUCUAAGGAGGCCAUCAGACCCAUUUUCUGGCAGAACAGAAAGCACUCGUAUAUCUCGCGUACGUCCGGAUGGGAUGAGUUCCCCAACGGAAGAUGGGGUGACUCAAGAUCUCCAGCUUUCGGUGACAUUGACCUUGCUGCUUCUCAACUUUUGAGACAAUCUCCAAAGAGAGCUCUUGAAUUAUGGGGAUGUCCACAGUCGCUCAAAGACUUCUCCGAUAUCAUUGUUUCCUAUUUGAAGAACGAGAUCAAGUCUUUGCCCUGGAGUGAUGGUCCUAUUGGCACCGACACGAAUGUAUUGAAAGAUGCAUUGAUUGAGGUUAACAAGAAGGGAUUCUUCACCUUGAAUUCUCAACCUGCUCUCUCUGGUAUCAGAUCCAACGAUAAGACUUUCGGCUGGGGUCCAAAGAACGGGUUUGUGUAUCAGAAACAAUACUUGGAGUUUCUCGUCCACAAAGAUGUUGCUCAAGAAUUGUUGACUAAGGUCGAAGAACACAACAAGAAAGACCAACACAGUGUGAUCACCUACUACGCAGUUGGUAAGCAAGGUGAUGUCGAAACAAACUCCAAGGAUGACGACAUCAAUGCCGUUACUUGGGGUGUCUUCCCAGGAGAAGAAAUUCUCCAACCCACUAUUGUCGAAAAGGUCUCCUUCUUGGCAUGGAAAGACGAAGUUUACAGCUUGCUCGAUGAGUGGGUGACUAUUUUUCACUCUAAAGCGCUCAGUGAGAGCGUCGAGAAGGACAAAGUCGAUGUCUUCUCGAAGUUGUUUACGUCAUUUGGUGAUGAGUUCGUGUUGUGCAACUUUGUCAACAACGACUUCACCAGUGACAACAACGUGAUGUUCAGUUUGUUGAACGACCUCAAUGUUCCAUACUUGUGA